AUGUUGGGGUUGGUGCUUCUCGUUGAGCGGAUGCUUCAGAGUUUCCCCUUCCUCACAGCGAAGAGGAUGUGGUUCAACGUCUCAGAGACCGCAAUGACUUCCUGCCCCGCCACAGGAACAGGCGACUGGGGCUGCGAGAAACGGUGCCCAUUCUGCCCCCUCUCUGGGCAGGGGGCUGGGGAGCAGAGGCAACAGAAUGACUGUGGGGCAAACCGACUCUUUGGGAUGUGCUGCACCAAAUAGAUUGUGUGUGCAGCUGGAUGUGGAAGUGAAAUCUCGAUGAACAGGCGUCUGGGGUGGAGGGUGGCCCUCAGAUGAGUUUGUUUGUCAUUUCAGGAUGUGCGGAACAUUCUGCAGUGAGUCAAUACUUGUUGUUCAAAGUGAAGGUACGAAUGUUGGAAAUCCGAUAUAAAACCCGCUGGAAAUGCUCAGCAGGUCAGACGGCAUCUGUGGACAAUCCCAGUUCUGACGUAUUUUACAGGGAGCAAGUCAAGGGUAAUGGGGACAUGCUGCACUAAAUCUCUGCACAAAGGCUCUUCAGCUGGGAAAAUUGAUCAGCAUGCUUCAAGUGAACAAAGUCGGUGCCCUGCUUCAAGAGAAGGUGAUCAGUCCACAGGAAGUGGUCCUAAUGAACAAGUUCAGACGUGGGGAUGUGCUCCACAGGAAGCUGAUCAGUCUGCAGAAACCUGUCUUGCUGAAAAACCUCCUUCUCCUAGAGAUUUAUUCAAGAUCCCUGAAAGAGGGCACCAGAAUCUGGAAGCAACUGUCCUCACCACAGCUGAAACUGCGAACAGGAGAGAGGAUCCAGUGAGCUCAACAAGGAAGGACGUGGAUCCAAAGUCUACAAUCUCCGAGCUCCUGACACAGUGGGACGAUGAGCAACUGUUCCAGCUGACAAAGUUCUACCGGGAGAGACUGAAACAGGCGAUUGAAGAAAGGGUGGAAGGAUUCAGCUUGAUGUUGAGAGAAAAGCAGUGCUUCAGUGGACAAGAUCACCAGAAAGUCACUGUGCUUGUGGAGAAAGGAAACUGGACGGAGAGUUCUACAGUCUUCCUCAGUCUGGUGAUGGGAAAAGGCUCCCUGGCCCGGAGGGUGAUGUGGGAAUCCUUUGUGAAAAUGAGGAAUGCAUUACCUAAGUUGGACAAAGUACUGAAAGAAAUCCAGGAGCUUGGUCCUAAUCCAUAUGAGUACACAAACAUCACCCGAGGUUCAUGUGAUUUAUCCUCUCAAUUGAAAGAUGUUCAACAGAAACACAAAGAGACUCUGCAGGCACAGACUGAAACACUGAGAGUGAACACGAUCCUGAUGAGGGAGAAGAUGAAGGUUUUCCAGCUGGUUGAUCAAUAUGCUGAGCUCACCGUCAUUUCUACUGUUCGGCAUCGGAGACUUGUGGAACAUGAGCUGCUGGCAAGAGGCCGAGAACAUGAGGAAUGGAGAAAGAAACAUCUCCGGAAAGAGCUGGAAAAAGUCCGGACUGAUCAGUUGUUCCAGAGCAGCUUUUCCCGGAGUAAAUCCAAAUCUGGGAGUUCGGCAGCAGUGGCCGGAGUCCCGGGGAUCGGAAAAACAACAAUGGUGCAAAAAAUUGUUUAUGACUGGGCCACGGGGAAAAUAUACCCACACUUCCAGUUUGUCUUCAGCUUCAAAUUCCGGGAUUUAAAUGUGAUUCAAGGAAGAAUAAACCUGAGAGAGCUCAUUCUGGAUCAGUAUCCUUACGUGAAGACUAUUCUGGGAGAGAUCUGGCAGAACCCAGAAGGGUUGCUGUUUAUAUUCGAUGGUUUGGAUGAAUUCAAGGACAGGAUCGAUUUUGCUGACAGUCGGAGAGACACAGAACCUCAACACAUGUGCCCAGAUCCCGAGUGGUGGUGUGAAGUGUCUGAUAUUGUGUACAGCUUAAUCCAGCACAAGCUGCUCCCAGGGUGUUCAGUGCUGGUGACCACCCGCCCCACAGCAUUACAUUUAUUGGAAAAUGCGGAGAUCGGUGUCUGGGCUGAAAUCCUGGGAUUUGUUGGUGAGGAACGGAAGGAAUAUUUCAGCAGGUUUUUUGAAGAUCAGACGGUAGCAGCAGCUGUUUUCAAGCAUGUGGAGGAGAACGAGAUCCUGUACACCAUGAGCUACAACCCCUCCUACUGCUGGAUCCUCUGUCUGGCACUGGGCCCCUUCUUCACAGAAAGAGACAGAGACCCACAGCGAGUUCCCAAGACCAUCACCCAACUGUAUUCCUACUAUAUUUACAACAUCCUGAAAAACCACGGCCGUGAGAUUGAAAGCCCCCGUGAUGUGUUACUGAGGGUUGGUCAGAUGGCCUUCACGGGAGUGUCCGAGAAGAAGAUUGUGUUUACAGAUGGAGAUUUAAUCAAGUAUAGUCUGCAGCCUUCCCAGUUCCUGUCCGGGUUCUUGAUGGAACUUUUGGAGAGAGAGGAUUCUGCCCGGAGCGUGGUGUACACAUUCCCACACCUCACCAUCCAAGAAUUUGUAGCCGCACUCGUACAAUUCCUGAUUCCAGAUCCUGGGGAUAUCCUGAAACUCCUCACUGAAGCCCACAGCACAACAGAUGGGCGAUUUGAGGUAUUUCUGCGCUUUGUUGCCGGUCUCUCCUCCUCAGAGUCAGCUCAGCGCCUGGAGGAGUUUCUGGGUUCAUUUCCCGAUCAGACAACCUGCCGAGUGAUUGACUGGGUGAAGGAGGUGAUUAAAUGCCAGAUUGAAAAUGCUGGGAGUGAUGCUGGGAAGAGGAGUCUCCUAAACACAUUGCAUUACCUAUUUGAGUCCCAGGAUAGUGGACUGGCUCAGGACACACUGGGAUCUGUGGAAACACUUUCAUUCAGUGGACUCCGACUGACCCCGAUUGACUGCGCCGUCCUAUCUCAUGUCAUUGAGUUCUGUGAUACAAUAAAACACCUCAAUCUGGAGCGCUGCUACAUUCAGUAUGAAGGACUCCAGCGGCUGGGACCUGGGCUGCACAAAUGCCAAGCUUUAGGACUGGGGAACAAUGACCUGGGAGAUUCGGGAGUGAAACUGGUCUCUGCGGCUCUAAGGAACCCGGACUGUAAAAUACAGAAACUGCGGCUGGACAAUGUGGGUCUCACAGAUUGCUCCGCUGAGGAUCUCGCCUCCGCACUCAGUAUAAACAGCUCACUGACGGAUCUGAGCCUGAGUGAAAGUAAACUGGGAGAUUCAGGAGUGAAACUGGUGUCCGCUGCUCUGAGGAAUCAGGACUGUAAAAUACAGAAACUGGAGCUGAGGCAUGUCGGUCUCACAGAUUCAUGCAUUGAGGAUCUUGUCUCUGCUCUCAGUACAAUCCCCUCACUGGCAGAGCUGAACCUGAGAUCAAACUCCUUCACAGACACAUCUGUUCCUGCUCUACGCCGCCUCAUACUGACCCUCCAGAGUCUGCAGUGGAUAAGGCUGUGGGAUAAUCAGUUCAAUUUCACCGGAACGAAGGAGUUGAGGUCGCUGCAGGAAAGCAGACGUGGACUGAGUGUGGAACUGUGAAUAUAUCAAAAUGUAAACAUCACUGCCCUCAGAAUGGGAAUAUUUUUGGCCAAUUUCCCAACCUCCACAUUUAAAACCUCCCGACGAGAAACGUUUCUUGUGGGCUGCCCCCCCAACAGUAUGCAAAAAGGUGCAUUUCACUGUGUGUUUUGAUGUACAUGUGACUAAUAAAGAUAUCUUAU